CUCUAUAAAAGAAGGAAGAGAGGCGGUUAACUCCGCUUGAAAUUCCAAAGCUUUCCUGAAACCUCUCUACCUUCUCCUUUUCCUUCUGUAAGUCUCAUAGAGAAUCCUUAUUCUCUCAUAGUUUCUUAUAUAUUCCUUUAAUUUUGUUCAAAUUCAUUCAUCGCUGUCUGAUCAGAUCUCGUUCAAAAGCACAAUUGUAUAGUUUGAUCAGUGAAUUUCUCAAUUUCGGAGUUAUUUCGAAGCAAAUCAAAGAUCUGAGCGACCAUGUCCUACGCUUACCUCUUCAAGUACAUUAUCAUAGGAGAUACCUCGGUAGGAAAAUCAUGUAUUCUUCUGCAGUUCACUGACAAACGGUUUCAGUCCGUGCACGACUUAACCAUCGGUGUUGAAUAUGGGGCCAGAAUGAUCACAAUUGAUAACAAACCAAUAAAGCUGCAAAUAGGGGACACGGCGGGUCAAGAAUCAUUCAGGUCUAUUACGAGGUCCUACUACAGAGGUGCUGCUGGUGCACUGUUAGUUUAUGAUAUCACUAGGAGGGAAAGUUUUAAUCGCCUUGUUAGCUGGUUGGAGGAUGUAAGGCAACAAGCAAAUGCCAACAUGACUAUUAUGCUUAUUGGCAACAAGUGCGAUCUUGCUCACAGAAGGGCCGUAAGCACAGAGGAAGGAGAGCAGUUUGCCAAGGAACACGGUUUAAUAUUCAUGGAGGCAUCUGCAAAAACUGCUCAGAAUGUUGAGGAGGCAUUUAUAAACACAGCUUCAACAAUCUAUAAGAAAAUUCAGGAUGGAGUUUUAGACGUAUCAAACGAGAUUUUGCAGUCUGACGGGAUAAAAGUUGGAUAUGGGGGCAUCCCAGGGCCAGCAGGAGGUAGAUAUGGGUCUGCUUCUCAAGCAGGGGGUUGUUGCAGUUGAAAGUGGAACUCAUUUUCUAAAUCAAUCACAUUUUUAAGCUUUCUUUACUUGUGCUACUUCAGGCUUUUAUGAUAUUCUCUGUCCUUUGAAGCGAAUCAUCAGUUUAUUUUUUGAUUGUUGAAAUUUAUCAAAUAUGUGGGAAAAAAAAAAAAAAAAAAACCAUAUUAAUUAAUAGAAAUUACUAAUUGUUCAAUCUGUGUGUUUCUUCCACUGGGAUUCUUGAUGACUUGUUGUAGAAUUCAAUGGUUAAAUGUUGUAUUUGUGUGGGAAGUUUUUUAAGUUGGAAUCUGUAGUCCU